AUGCAUUUGAGCAUCCUUCGUUUGUUGGCCGUUGGCCUUGCUGGUUUUGAUGUUGCAGUUGGGAGCCCUUGCAAGCCUCACUCUUCAGUAUCUGACUCUUCGAUUGCGACAACUGCGACAACAUCCAGUUUUACCUUGUCUUUAGACACCUCAGCCACCUCAGCCACCUUUGCCAGUACCACGACCGAAGCAGUUACUACUUCUGACACAACCACUGAAGCAACUACGGUUACUGAAACAGAUACUGCGAGUACCGAGGCAACCACUUCCGGUGAUAUAACCUCGGAGGCGACUACUUUCGCUACAUCAGUCGCAACCACUGAGGCAACUUCUGCCACUGGAGCAGAUACUACAACAGAGACCAUGACCACGUCAGACACAGUCUCUGCUUCAUCCGAAAUCACUCAGGCUCCCACCACCACUGAAGCCACAACUACUGCAGCCCCCACCACCACUGCUGUGCCAAUGUUCCGACUCCUCGCUGAGAGCGGACCUUACGCAAACGAACCUGUUUUAUCAAACCGAAACCAGUUCAGUCAGCUUAUCUUCAACAGCGCUCAAGGCUAUACCGAGGCUUACUUCACCAUCGAUACCACUACUGGUCGCCUGUUGCUUGACGGCCAUUUGCCUGUGUGUGGAUUCUUUCCAGGCGAUGGCACCAGUGCAUUUAUGGUAUGCGAUGCCAACAAUAUGCCAGCGCAAGAGCAGUUCCUCACUUGCGAGUCACCUACCAGUAGCCAGUUAGAGUGCACUGUGCCUCAGGUGCAAUGCAGCAUGUUUUCAGGAGGGUGUACUACCACUGGCGCUCUCUGGGGCACUACAUAUAUUGGCGCCUCAGGUGGUACUGGUGCUGUUACUGCGAUCCUUGGCCCUCAGUCUAUGCAAGGAUAUACUCCUGUGGCCUUCUUAAUUACAUUUGACUCUGAUUAG